GGCGAGCUAUACGGAGCUGAACGUCAAAACACAGAAGAAGACGGGCCAGUGGACGGUGAAGUCGCUAUGGAGGGCGUAGAGCACAUAGGGCAGUACGUAUUUGAAAUGACGCAAACCAAAAUCAACCAGUUGCAGGCAGAGCAAGGCCUGCUGAUGGAAGCUACAAUUGACGAGGCAGGCGAGGAGGGACAGGGUGGCUAUUACGAUGAGGAAGAAGACAGAGCUCUAGAACCAGACAUUCUUGAAGUCCGAGAGGGAGAAGCGAACUAGGGAUUGCAGUUUCCAGGGACGUGGAAUCAUACCAACUUGAACAGAAGAGGAUAGAAGUAAUGACAGGAAAAAAGGGGACAUGUAGUGACGUUGAGGACUUGACAAAGAGACGAGCCAUGAUUUUGUACUUCUUUUUUUUUUUUUUGUCUUUGGAUGAAAGGGGCUUUUACCAUUUUCCGUAUAUCAAAUAUACUUUUAGACAAUGGCAGAACGAAAUAAGUGUGUGAUGUCUUGGGUUGUUGGAGAUGAAUGUACAUGUGAUUACAUGGGGGGCGAGACAAGGUGCGUCAUUGGAGGCGGGUGAUCUGCGACUUGCAGAUGGUAUCUGGUACAUGGCGAACUCUCUUCUUUUCGACUUGUAUAGAUGAUAUUUGAUUUUUUUUUCAUACGCGGAAAAACCCAGCUUGCUACGUGUGAAGGAUGAAAGGGAUAGGCAGGAUCAAAGAAGUAUUAGUGUUAUUAUUUGAGUACUUGCGUAUGAUGAAUGCGGCUGAAGAUGGCAUGGACGCAUAUGCUUCAUGUCUUCAACAAGGAACAGUUUAUCGAGUGAAUCUCACACUAUAAACUACCACGGAUCUUGAGAGAAUACAUAGAAAAAAAGGCACAUCUUUCCCCGUUUCAUCAAUCAACUACAGUAACACGGCACAUUCCUUCAUACCGGAACAUCGGUCACAGUGGCUGCAUGGCAUCGUCAUCAGCAGCGGCACUUGCCGACUUGGGCUUUUUUCCGAGACAAAAUUGUCUCGACCAAGAGUCAAUUUGUAGGCCAAGGUUUACGGAUCGCAAUCAGGUGAUGGCGAAUGGCUGCCUCUCGCCAUUUUGUUUGGGGGUACAAAGGCGAAGAUGGGUUUUGUGAUGCUGCGUUUGGGUGAUACUGCUCUUUGGUUCGGAGCUACACCUGUAUUAAGGAACACGCGGCAAAAUGGUCAGUGAGAUUUUGGAAUUAAUCAUCAAUUACGGUCUUUGCAUAGGGUUCUUCUCAUCGCCUUCUUUAUUCCUACUUGUAGCGAAGGGCAUCGAUAAUACUUGCGUUGCUAGACAGUGCCGCAAACUGGGAGUUUUCGCACUGAGCCGAUUGGGCAAGGCGAAAAAAAAAACGCCACUAAAAAUUCUAGCCCGGGUUUGGGGAAACAAUCGUCGCUCUCUAAUUUUUUUUUUUAGCUGAUAUGCUUACGCCCCGGUGUGUUCCUUACAUAACUCUUUUUUUUUUUGUUUGCUCCCUCGCAUGUGGUGAAAUGAGGGUGGGCUUUUUUUUUUCUUAGCGGGCGACUACGUUCUUGUAGAACGAUAGUCCGUAUCCGGGGCGGGCCCUUGUAAUUUCGUUUGAGAACAUGAGCAGUUAUCGAGCGGGCUUCUACUGCUAUCGCUGCUGCUGCUUUGAAUUGUAUAUGUGCAUCAUGGUUCAAUGCAUAGGCUAAUUGCUUUAUACAGCUGCAGAUAACAGAACUGGGGCGCGUUGGGCAGCUUCUGCCUUUCUUUU